AUGACGACCUUAGCUUGGAACUGCCGAGGGCUUGGGAUCCCUCAGUCAGUUCAAGCUCUCAAAGAUCUUGUGAGAGCAAAAGAUCCCAUGUUGGUCUUUGUUAUGGAGACGAAGGCAAGCAUUAGUCAGAUGAAGAAGCACAAGAAUAAGAUAAACCAGCACCUACAAGCUUUAAUCGUCCCAAGUGAUGGCAAAAGUGGAGGCUUAGCCCUCUUGUGGAAAGAAAACGUUGAUGUCAGAGUCCAAAGCUAUUCCCAUUCCCACAUAGAUGCCAUUGUUCAUGAUCCAAGCGUGAAUUCUACUUGGCGUGCUACCGGCUUUUAUGGUCACCCUGAUGCUGCUCAACAAAAAUGUGGAGGGGUUGAAAGAGAUGCAAAUCAGAUGGAUGCUUUUCGAAACGCCUUAGACAAUUGUGAUCUUCGGGAUUUGGGUUUUGUUGGACAACGUUUUACUUGGUGCAAUGGCAGGAUUGGUGAUCAACGCACUCUGAUUAAUGAGAAGCAAACAAGCCUCCAGUGUCUAGAAAAUUGUAACACUCUCCAUGAAGAUGUUGUCAACAUUCAAAGUCUGCGAAGAGAGAUUAAUGAGCUCCUUGAGCGUGAGUCUGCAAUGUGGAAGCAGAGAUCAAAGUCAUUCUGGCACCAAAAUGGGGAUAGAAAUACCAGAUUUUUUCACACGAUUGCCUCCCAAAGACGACAGAAAAACAGAAUCACUGGGUUAGAAGAUAGCAAUGGAGUGUGGCAGGGUGAUGAAGAAAACAUCCAGAGCAUCAUUUUAAACUACUUCUCUUCCAUCUAUCAGAUUGACCAGCCUUCACAGUUCAAUCCAGUUGUUGAAGCAGUGGAGAGAAAAGUAACAAAUGAGAUGACCAGUUUCCUUCUCCAGUCUUUCCAUCCUGAUGAGGUUCGGAAUGCGCUCUUUCAAAUGCAUCCCACCAAAUCCCCAGGCCCGGACGGUAUGCCUCCACUCUUUCUUCAAAAUUAUUGGAGUAUUGUUGGUCAGAAUAUAACUGAGUGUGUGUUAAAUAUCUUGAAUACUAGUGUUAUGCCUCCUAAAUUCAACGAUACUCAUAUCUGCCUUAUCCCAAAAACAAAAAAUCCCCAAAAAAUCACUGAAUACCGCCCCAUAAGUCUAUGCAAUGUGGUCUAUAGAGUCUUAGCCAAAGUUCUAGCAAAUCGCCUGAAGAAAAUCCUGCCUGAGAUUGUUAGUGAAGCACAAAGUGCCUCUGUCCUUGGGAGACUCAUCACAAACAACAUAUUAAUUGCCUUUGAGACAAUGCACCAUAUCAAACAGAGAAGAAAGGGUAAGGAAGGUCUCAUGGCAAUCAAGUUAGACAUGAGCAAAGCAUUUGAUAGAGUAGAAUGGGAAUGUUUAGCUAGGGUAAUGCAGAAAAUGGGAUUUCAUGACCGGUGGAUUUCCAUUAUCAUGAUGUGCAUAACUUCUGUCUCUUAUUCUGUACUAAUCAAUGGGGAACCGAAUGGCGAAAUUAUUCCUUCUCGGGGUAUUCGCCAAGGGGACCCGUUAUCGCCAUUCCUAUUUUUGUUAUGUGCAGAAGGCCUUUCGGCAAUGCUCCAAAGAGAAGAGAGGUUGGGGAAUAUUAAGGGGAUCUCUAUUUGCUGGGGUGCCCAGCGUUUGUCUCAUUUGUUUUUUGCAGACGAUAGCAUCAUUUUUUGUCGAGCCAAUAUGAGGGAAUGUCAGCAAGUAUGGGAUAUUCUCCAUGACUAUGAGGCUGCAUCUGGGCAGAAAAUCAACAAGGAUAAAACUUCCCUUUUCUUCAGCAAGAACACCGGGAUUCCUACUCAAGCUGAAAUAAAAAAUAAUUUUGGUGCCCAAGUAAUCAAGCAACAUGAAAGAUACCUAGGCCUUCCAUCCUUAAUUGGCCAUGGAAAAAAGAAGGCUUUUAAUAGGAUUAAGGAUCAGCUUGGCCGAAAAAUUGCUAGCUGGAAGGGAAAGCUGUUGUCCUUGGCUGGCAAAGAAGUCCUCAUCAAGGCAAUUGCCCAGGCCAUUCCCACAUAUACAAUGAGUUGCUUCAAGUUGCCUGACUCGCUCUGCAAAGAACUCAACUCUAUGAUCAGCAAAUUUUGGUGGGGACAAAAAUCUGAUGAGCAAAAAAUUUCUUGGGUCUCUUGGGAUAAGUUGUGUAAAUCCAAAGAUAUGGGCGGCAUGGGGUUUAGAGAUCUAAAAGCCUUCAACCUAGCUUUCCUAGCUAAGCAAGGUUGGCGCCUCCUCCAAAACAAAAAUUCUCUUUUCCACCAUGUUUUCCAUGCCAAGUACUUUGCUGGCAGGUCUUUCCUUGAAGCUCAACUCAGCAAAAGACCAUCUUUUGCUUGGCGGAGCAUUUUGGUUGCUAAAAGCGUGGUGGAAGAUGGAAUUAGAUGGUCUGUUGGAAAUGGAGACAAAGUGAAGAUAUGGAGUGACAAGUGGAUCCCCAACCCCGAAACCUACAAGGUCUUGACUCCUAUAAACCCCCUAAUGUAUAAUGAGAAAGUUUCUACUCUAAUUGAUAAAGAAAGAGCCGUGUGGAAAUCUGAGUUGGUUAUUUCCAUUUUUCUUCCCCAUGAGGCUUCAACUGUUUUGGCUAUCCCUCUAAGCUCCACUCUCCCUGAGGACCAUAGAGUAUGGUCUGGUACAGACAAUGGGGUGUUCUCAGUCCGAAGUGCCUACCAUCUCAGAGACCGUAAGAUUCCAGUGGAUGUGGAGUGCGACUUGUGUGAAGGCGUGGAAACAGCAGGUCAUACCUUUUGGAGUUGUGAUAUUGCAGCAGCAGUUUGGCAAAUGGCAAAUGUCAAAGCCCCUGGCCUCAUGACCAGCCCACCAAACUUCAUGGACCUAUUUUGUUGCGUAAUGGAGGCCAAACCAGCCCAAGACCUUGAAGCUUUCGCAACAACGGCUUGGUUCCUUUGGAAUAAUCAAAAUGCAGUGUGUCACAGGGAAACUAGUAGAACGGCCUUGCAAAUUUUUGAGGCUUCAAGAAUCUACUUGGCGGAGUUCCAAACCCACUGUGUUUCUUCUAAUGCCCCUCAGCCCCACGUCCUUACUCUUUGGAAACCUCCUCCACCAGGUUGGUACAAGACAAAUGUUGAUGGGGCUGUCUUCAAGGAACGGAGUCAGUGUGGGAUAGGAGUGGUGGUUCGGAACGAUAAAGGCCAAAUAAUGGGAGCUCUUAGCAAAACACUCCCAUACCUGUUAGGAGCUCUAGACGUCGAAGCCAAAGCUGCUGAGAUUGGCAUAAUUUUCUCCUGGGAGUUGGGCCUUAGGGAGAUUAUUCUUGAAGGGGAUUCCCAAAUUGUUAUGAAUGCCAUUGCUAGCCAUGAUCCGGGUCCUAUUCAGAUCCAACAACUUGUUACUGGUAUAAAGUCUUGGGUGCCAAAGUUUAGAGCUUGGAAGACAUCCUUCACGCGUAGAGAAGGGAACAAGGCAGCUCACCUCAUGGCUAAACAUGCCAAACUGAUUUCUGAAUGUACUAUUUGGGUGGAAGAUACUCCCCCUAUAAUUAUGUCUCAAGUCCUUAAUGAUGUAUUUGAUUUGGGUUUCAGCCCAGUUUAA